UUGUCGCCAGAGCUACCAACGGUCACUCUGAUUGGCUCUCCAUUUUGUUUUCCACGGCAAAAUAAUUUUUUCGCUGCAUCAACUUGUUAUUUUAUACCACUCACCAACGUUUUUGUAAAUUAAAGUGUUUUAAAAGCAACUUGGAGCCAUGGGACGCAAGAAGAAGAAGGCCUCCAAACCCUGGUGCUGGUACUGCAACCGCGAGUUCGACGACGAGAAGAUCCUGGUGCAGCACCAGAAGGCCAAGCACUUCAAGUGCCACAUCUGCCACAAAAAGCUGUACACCGGCCCGGGCCUCUCGAUCCACUGCAUGCAGGUGCACAAGGAGACGGUCGACAAAGUGCCCAACUCGCUGCCAAAUCGCUCAAACAUAGAGAUUGAGAUCUUCGGCAUGGACGGCAUACCAGCGGAGGACAUCAGGGAUCACGAGCGCCAAAAGAACGGCGGCAAGUCGGACUCGGACGACGACGAGCCGGUGGCCAAGAAGAAAGUGGAAUAUCCCAUGAGCGUGCCGCCACCAAUGAUGAUGCCGCCAAAUAUGAUGCCACCGCACAUGCUGGGUCAGUAUGGUAUGGGAAUGAUGCAACAUAUGCCGCCGCUUCCUCCAUAUCCGAUGCCCAUGAUGCCGCACAUGAUGCCGCCGCGUCCUCUGUUUCCAGCGGCAAUGGCCACUACUUCGGCGGCAGCUGCAGCGGCAGCGGCGCACCACCACCACCACCAUGCUGCCGCUAUGGCCCAACAGAAGCCAACAUUUCCAGCUUACAGUAAUGCAACCAUAAGUGCUCCGCCCACCACCAAUCAUGCUGGUGGCACAUCCAGCGCACCACCAAGCGGACCACCUGAUGCUCAGCAGCAACAGCGCCCGCCAAUUCAACCGGCUGCUGGAGGUGGACCAGCGGCUGCUGUCACCACCAAGAUCAUGCAUCCGCCAGAGGACCUCAGCCUGGAAGAGCUGAGAGCCAGACAGCCCAAGUACCAGGCGCGUGUGGCCGCCGCUAUGGCUGCCCUCGCGAAUCCACAAACGAGCCAGAGUCCCAGCAACAAUGGCGGUGCCGCCUCUUCGUCGAUGCCUAGUACCCCGCCGCCACCAUCGUUGGCGGGGAUAUCGCCCACGGGCAGUAGCAGCGGUAUGGCUGCCGCUAACGCGCUUGCCGUCUCCACAGCCAUCUCGAAGGCCCAGGAAACCGCCGCUCUGGUGGCCGUGGUACAGGCUCAGGCUCAAGCGCAGGCGCAAGCUCACGCACAAGUGGCCCAGGCCCAGGCUCAGGCUCAAGCUCAGGCGCAGGCCCAAGCCGUGGUCCAAGCACAGGUGCAGGCUGCUCAGGUGGCCCACGCAGUGCAGCAGCAUCAGCAGGCGGCGCAGCAACAACAGCAGGCAGUGCAACAGCAGGCGGCGCAGCAGCAACAGCAGGCAGUGCAACAGCAGCAGGUCAAGCAACUGGAGGAACUGAAUCGGGCUGUGAUGCUCCAACGCUUUCAGGCUGCACGACAGCAGCCCGGAAAUCCGGGCGCUGCGGCAGCGGCUGCGGCGGCCGCAGCCGUUGGCAUGAUGCCGCUACCCGCUCACAUGCAGCUGAUGCAGCCCAUGCUGAGACCGGCAAUGGCUAUUGGACCACACGGAGCUCUGAUCGGCGGAAAUAUGCUUAGAGCCGGUGGACCAGGAUUCAACGGUAUUCCGGCAGGUUUACUGCCCAUGCAAAUUGGAUUGCCGGGUUUGCCGGGGGCUCUGCCGGCUGGCGCAAUGCCGAUGCCUGGAAUGGGCGUUAUGCUGCCGGGCCAUCCGAGUAUGCUGCAGGUGAUGCAGCCGCGCUUCAGAUGAUGUCUGCCCGCAGCGCCGGCUCUGUUGCAGGCGCCAGCAGCCCAGCCGCCAACGCACCUGCAACCGCACACGCACACGCAUCCGCAUACGCAUCCUCAGCACGCGCAGCAAUCGCAGCCGUUCGUUAGGCCAGCAGCUGCUCCGCUGUUGGCCCUACCGCUGCCGCUGCUCUUCCACGAGUAAGGCAAGGCUAGGAUCCAGCUUGUACAUCAGCAAUCAGCAAACGCACUCAGCAAGCAAGUUGUUUUCAAAAAUUGUUCCAACCAAAAUCAAGUUCUUUUUCAAUGUAUAACAGUUUUUGAGACACUCCACCCACAACACACAGUCACACACACUUCUCCGCCACACGCCCACACCCACUAAUCUCCGGUUAUGCUAGUAAAUCAGUCGAUGUCAUAUAUACUUAUUUCGUUCAUAGCACUACAUUCUGGCUUUUGUUUCCCACUAAAAAGAAAAACCUUUAAUUUUCUUUCCUAAUCCGACCCUCUCGAUGUGCGUUCAUAACUACACCGACCACAACAACAUCUAUUUAAAUAUGCUGUUCGUGCUCUUUGUAUAACACACACACACUUUCCAUCUGAAGCUAAUUUGCUGUGCUGUAGAUCUCUAUCCUUAUCUGUAUCUAUAUAUCUGUAUAAUCAACAGAAACUAACCGUUGACACUUAAUCCUUAUACAAAUUGUUGUUUCUUUAACAUUCUUAUUCUUUUUUGUUUUUAGUUUUAUUUAGCGAGCAUAUAUUUUAACAUCCACACCAAGUUGUUUAAGUAUAUGUAUAUCUCCUCCGAAAAGCAAAUGAAAACCGAAAAGAAAAGAACAUCUUUGAAACACAUAAAAACCAAAAAACCAAAACCAAAAACCUGAACGCUCAAAGCUCUGGGUAUGUUGACAAUUGCCAUAAGCAGCAUUUUUGUGUUAUCGUUCUUGUGUUGUUAUUCGUGCGUAAUUUUUAUACAUAUAUACUUUCGAUUCUUUCUGUCCAUGUGAAAUGCUCUACAAAAACUAAAGUUAAGCAAUGCCGACCAACACAACUUCUGUUUAGGCCCCACCAUUUUGUCUAGAUUAGGGAUGGCAAUCGCAAAGUCCGAUAUAUAAAUCUUAACGCUUCGAUUAAUUGAAUUUUGCUUCAUAAAUCGAUUCAAAAAAAAAAAUAUUUAUAUUUAUAAUUUAUAAUAGAGUUAUUUUCACAUUAAAAUUAAAUUUUUAAAAAUUUCAAUACAAGAAAAAUAUCUUCGAUAUUUUGUCGAUAUUUUAUAUCGGAGUUUUCUUUACAAUAAUACAUACAUCCCUAGUCUAGACCUUCGUUCCUUCAUUCGUUCAGUUGCUUUCAGUAAGCUGACAAAAAGUAAGUCCUAUCUCUCCUAUGCAUAGUAUAUACCUAACUAUAUACAAAUAUUUUAUAUACAUACAUAUACAUAAAUAUUCAACGUCUCUCUCUUUGUAUCGUUUCUAUAUUUUUGGUGUGUAAUAUAUAUAAGUUCGGUGUGUGUCAUCGCGAGCAGAUCAGAGCAGGUAUCUACAAUCAAUUUGUUUUUCUUUUUAAUUAUUAUAUAUGCAUAUGAAUACUAUCCUAAGUCAUUUGGUUAUGGUAUGGUUGGUACUAAACAACGACUCAAAUAAUUAAAAACAAGAAACCCAAUUCCCCCCACAUCGCUAUAUAGUGCUUAGAAAUAUCAGAGAAAUAGCAUCUUGUUAAAGAGUUCCCCACGUGUUAUAGCAAGUACACUCGAUACAUAUUUUCAGGUUAUUGAUAUUGAUGCUUUUCUGUUGCCCUUGUUAACGUAGCGUUCUUCCAAUGUUCCGAGUUCUCUAGCUUCUUAGCCACAACUUCAACUUGAAAUAAAUAUAUAAACUAAUACUCGUGGACUCCUCCACUCUUUAUAGAGGGGCUUAGGCUUUUGUUGAACCUUUCUGAACGUUUUAGCUAGCAUAAGUAGAAUAGAUUGGCAGUUGGAAAGUCCUAGCCCUAUAUCCCUUUUUUUUUGUUGUGUUUUUGACCGGAAGGAGCAUGGAUCAGAUACCCGGGAUCUUAGAAUACUCUCUACCCAGUGUAGCCAAGGCUAGUUUAACUCAGCACUCAGAUCCCUGGAGAGCACCACACGAAACCCCAACUAACACACUCACCCCUGUUUGAGUAUACCUAUAUAUUACACUCUUGUAACCCAACCAUCUAUCUAUCUAUAUAUAUAGAAAUACAUGUAUUGCUAUAACUAUACUGUGUAAUUUAUAAUCACAAGCAACGACAAGUGAAAAACUACCCGGGGAGUAGCGAUUGAAUCUAAAUAUUUACAAACUCCCUCGGGCCGGUUUAGCGCAAAAUUAAUGUUGGACUUUUGGGUCUGGCAAAUUCGCCGCACCGUCAUCGGGAUAUCGACGGCCAUAUCAGAAUUUCGUUUGGUCCGGUUCGAUAGUCCUGCGGUGUUAGAACGGCGUGCUUCAGACGAGAGUACCUCAAUGCAAGACAGAAAAACUCCCAGAUUUGGUGGCAUAACUCGUAUAUGAUUCACACACUCUCCGACUAAACUCGCAUCUGUACACAGUCUUUAAACUCUCAUAUCCGUAGAAUAUACCUAUUAUUCUCUCACUCCGGCAACUGUAUUGCGUUGCGGGGACUAUGUAAAUAUUUGAUGGACGCCUUUGAUUUCGUAGAGUUGCUUUUUUACUUGUUAUUUAUAUAUUGAUUUUGGUGCGGAAAUGCAAGUCAAAUGGGAGAGGCAUACUGUGAGUUUGCAAAUAGGAAUAAUAUUUUAAUAUGUAACAUAAAUUUGGAAUUAGAAAAAGCUUUUGCAGACUCGAGUUUUAGCCUGCUUGAGACAUUUCAAAUUAAAAAGCGACAUAAGAUUCGAUUUGAUCUCGUUUUGUUUGUUUGCGCUUAGAAAGUUUUACCAGAUGGCUAGAUCGAGUCGAGCUGUUUCUCGUCAUCAAUGCCUUCCCUGGGGGAAAAACUUUUAACAUUUUCUUAAGAAUCUCAAAUAAAAUGAUUGAUUCUAUUAAAAUGUUUUGUAUUUUAAUUUAAUUAUCAAUUUUUUUGCAAGCUUUUAUAAGAUGUAUUAAAAAAUGUUUACAUGAAAUUUGAAUACAGUUACCGUUUGACUUCCAUUUCCUGUGUCUGUAGUGAAUUUUUUAGUAUUUAUUUUAGGUGGUGGUCAUUGAUUUAAAAUUACUAUAUUUCAUAUUGUUUCAAACCGAUCUUUUAGCUGUAAGAUACAAUGUAAUGCACGCGUUUGUUUGAAAAGAGUACAAUAAGAGCUACAAGUUUAGUUAACAUUUCAAUGGGCUUUAGGUGUUUGCGAAACAAGAAGAAAACAAAGAUUUAACAUUAAGUCCACCAAAAUCUGUCUGUCGUUGCGCUGGGCGACGCGCGAGUAGCUGGACGAAUCGCAGUCACUGUAAGCUUACUAAACCCCCGACAACCACAACCGUUCCCAGAGCGUACUGUCUGCUGGGUCCAGUCGAAAGCGUGUCACAUUAAUUUUGCUGAGCGAAGAGUCCCCUGCGUCCGACCUGCUCCUCCCCCUUCUAUCUAUAUCUAUAACUAUAUCUAUACAUAAGUGGUACAUGUCUAUCUUUGGAUUAUAUUUUGCAUGCCCUGAGUGAAGAGUAUGCCUUUCCGACCACAAGUAAAAGUUUGAACCGGACGCAGGCGAUGUGCCGGAGUCUAGUCAGGAAAUAUAUGGACUGUACAGUCCAGUAUAUUGUAACUCUGAGGCGAGGGCACAUCACAGCUAUCGAUUUAGCUGUUGGACUCUUCGGUCCUUGUCUUGCGACCACCACACAAUCGUUAUUUCCACACGCAUAACCCCACUAUGACUACUAUAACUUCCGAUAUCAGACGACUCGCAUAACAUACGCUACGCGUCUUGUACAAUCCACACAAUCUGGAGGCAGUAUCACCAACCACAUCGACACCAUAUCUCAGAGCAUCCGAAUAUGAUGGAGUCGAAAGAGACAUACGAGAAAUCGUUUGUUUAAACAUUUCGUUUAGUGUUGAUUUAUCUACCUUUCAAUAAACACACAUUAUGAUUACGAUAAUUAAUAAUUAAUAAUGCUUUGAUAGUUGCAACUACUUUGUUGGGAAAGUAUUUCAAGAUCGAAACAUUUUCAAACUAAUUGCAAAAACUAUAAGAAUUUGAUUUGCCAAAGAUCUUUGAAGCUUUCGACCAAAGUUUAAGUUUUCUUUUUGUUUUUGUAUUAAUUAAUCCUUGGAUAAAUAUAAAUAUUUUACUUGUUUAUAUAUUUGUCAUAAGCUUUAAACUAUUUUUGUUGCAUUUACUAUUAACUAAAGCUUACAAAACUCUGCAAAUUGUUUUCCCUUGUCCAAUUUCUGUUCGUUUAACCAAUAAAAUAAUCACACAAAAUACUUAGCUAAUGCCUAUAAUAUAUUUAGUGCAAAUGCAUAAAAUCAAAAACCAACAAAUUUGCUAUGUUAAAUCAUUUUUAAUGUUGUAAUGUAAAUGGAAAGCAAACUCCAGGAGAAAAACAAACAAAAAACCAACUAUAUUUAGCAUUCUUGUACGUAAAAUGUUUUUUACCGAGACGCAAAAUAUUAAAAAAGUAUACAAACAUCAGAUAAAAUAAGCAAUUGUUUAAAUUCUUUUAAACUAAAAACAAAAAAAUACUAUUACACAAAGAAAAAUGCAUAAUGAUAAUACCUCUAGUUUAAUGUUUGGAUUGUUCUCUAUUCUUUUGAAAUUAAUUUAUUGAAAUUUUAAUAAAUAUAAAACUGAAUAA